CGCACGUCGGGAUACCCUUGUCCAAAAGUGGCUUGUAGGGUUUUAGUCUUGGCUUGCUGCACUGUUACUCAUGAAUAUCUCCCGGGCCAUCACCGGAGUGCUAUCUCGCCACUCCCGCAAUUCCACCAAAUGGUUUUUCUCUCUCGGUUCCUCCUUCACAACCCAGCAGCUUGCAUCUCUCUCUUCCUCGACGCUGAAGCGCACUUCCAAUACAAUCACCGAGCCUAAGCCUGAGGCGUCCUCUCCUGGGUUGUCGUCUUCGCCUGGUACCGAAGCGCCUGCUCCCCCCUCCCUGGAAAAUUACAAGAAGUCGUCGGACCUGCCACGCCCGAAGGAGAUACCCUUUCAACCGCAGAUUCUUAACCAGGUGCACCUCGUCGGUUACGUCGGUGUGCCGGUUCAGCUUCAGAUGUCACACAAUGGAUCCUGUGUCGCCUUCUCGGUUCUUACCUCUAAGAAGAUCGAGGGGCUAUUUUCAUUCCGGAUCUCAGUAAUUUUUCACGGUGAUUUGGCACAAAUUGCUGCCUGUCACUUGAAGGAAAAUGAUCUCAUUUAUGUGACCGGUCAAUUAAGUGGAGAAUCUCCAUCUGUUGCACAAGAAGUUUCUUGCACUAACAUUCAGGUUAUAGCAGAUAAGUUAAGUUUUGUGCAUGAUGGGAAUUCACAAUCGACUCCCAGUUUUAAAGCCAAUGCAUCGAAGGUGUACUCUCAGAAGUUAUGGGAUGAUCUUGUUCUAAAUCCACUUGACUGGUUUGAUAAUCGAGAAGAUAAGCUGAAUGGACUGAUACACCCAAAUUAUCCAGAUUUUAAAAACCAAAAGACUUAUCAAGUUUUAUGGGUAAACAGGGCACCAAGUUGGGUAUCAGAGAGGCUGGAAGGAUUAGUGUUUGCAAGUAGAGAGAAAGAAAAACUACCCCCUCAGCAAAGUGAAUACCAUGGAGAGGCUGGCAUAUCUAAACAAAAAGAAUACACUUUUGCAUCAUCUAUCAAAAAUAAGGCCAAUGCAUCAAAGGUGUACUCUCAGAAGUUAUGGGAUGAUCUUGUUCUAAAUCCACUUGACUGGUUUGAUAAUCGAGAAGAUAAGCUGAAUGGACUGAGACACCCAAAUUAUCCAGAUUUUAAAAACCAAAAGACUUGUCAAGUUUUAUGGGUAGACAGGGCACCAAGUUGGGUAUCAGAGAGGCUGGAAGGAUUAGUGUUUGCAAGUAGAGAGAAAGAAAAACUACCCCCUCAGCAAAGUGAAUACCAUGGAGAGGCUGGUAUAUCUAAACAAAAAGAAUACACUUUUGCAUCAUCUAUCAAAAAUAAUGGUUCUCACCCACAGAAACUUCAUGGAAGAACCUAAUCGAUAAUCCAAAGGACCGGUGGGACAACAGAUCAACGAAGCUAAAGAAGACAUAUAGCUUUGUGGCUUAGUUCUUUCAACACUCCUGACUGGGUUUUGUCAAAGCUGCCCCCAGUGGAGACAACAUCGUAGGCAGAAAUGGUUCUCAGUGUUUUGUCUCUUUAUUUUUUAAAUUAUUAAAAGAGCGUCCCACAUAUAAUUUGUUAUUUCCAAUUCUGUGUUCCACUAUUUAAAGUAGCUUUAGUGAAAGUUACAUCAUCUUUGGAAGCUACUCAAAGGUGCCAAGUUUGCAAGGUCAGAUGGUUUUUGGAGUUGUAGUCAGUUGUGCCUAUGAACUCAAAUAAAUUAGCUUUCUUUUGACAUAAUAUAUUAAACGCAAAUGUUAGUUGAGAGGAUCAUCA